AUGGUGCAUAGUUUGACAUCUGAAUAUGCAUCAUCUUCGACAACCAACAGCAGUACUGAUAUGCUAGCUCUCCAGGCCUUGAAAUCCGAAAUAAUAGAGUUGCCUUGGAACCCCAACAACAACUCUUUCUGCAGUCGGGUUGGUGUUUCUUGCGGCCAACGGCACCAACGAGUCACUGCCUUGGAUCUUUCUUACAUGCAUCUCCAAGGCACUAUCUCCCCUCAUGUUGGAAAUCUGACCUUCCUUCGGGUUCUAAACCUUCGCAACAACAGUUUUCAUGGUCCGCUACCCAACAUGGUGGGCCGAUUGCGCCGAUUGCGCCGAUUGAGAGUUCUCAACUUGGGAUAUAAUCAACUUGGACGGAUCAUCCCGUCGAGCAUUUCGCAGUGCCGAAAUCUUCAGACAGUCAUUCGUGGCCCAAAUCUAUUCCACGGGAGUAUCCCACAAGGCUUUGGAAAUCCAACCAAUUUGUUGUUGCUGCAAGCACAAUACAAUUACUUAGUAGGCACCAUUCCUUCUUCUGUUUUCAAUAUCUCAACCCUCAGAGUUCUUGCUCUCUCAUACAAUCGUAUUUCUGGAAAUAUCCCCAUGGAUAUAUGCCGUAGGCUUCAGAAUCUUGAACUCCUCUAUCUUUCACAUAAUCCACUUGGUGGUCAUAUUCCAAAUAGCUUGUGCCUUUGUAAAAAUCUCAGAGAACUUGAGUUACUAGAAAAUGGAUUGACAGGAAGCAUACCCGAAGACCUUGGUUGCUUAUCCCAACUUGAGUAUCUCAAUCUCUUGGCAAACCAAUUGACAGGAAAGAUUCCAACAUCAUUGGGAAAUCUGUCCAACUUAGAAGAGCUAAAUCUUGAAAGUAAUGGCUUGUCUGGUGAGAUUCCCACAAAGUUGGGCAGAUUACCUACAAUGAUUUUCAACUUUUCUUUGGUUGAAUUAAUUACAUUAGCAGGUAAUAAUCUAUCUGGAAAUGUUCCAGAGCUCAUUGGUUUUCAACUUUCCAAGCUCAGAAAACUCAGCUUGCAUGGCAAUCGAUUCACAGGUAGAAUUCCAGAUUCUAUCUCUAAUGCUUCGAUGCUUGCUGUGUUGGAAUUGUCCACCAAUUUAUUUAGUGGGCCAGUGCCGAGGACGCUAGGUGGUCUACGGUACCUGAAAGUACUCAAUCUACAGUAUAACAAGCUGACCAACAAUCCAUCAGAAAGAGAGCUCAACUUCCUCACUGCUUUGACAGAGUGCCGUCAGCUAAGAUAUUUGAUGAUAGGGUAUAGUCCUUUAAAUGGAGCAUUACCAGCAUCUAUUGGAAACUUGUCCACAUCUCUCGAAUUGUUCGGUGCAGGAUUAAGUCAACUUCAAGGAAGCCUUCCAUAUCAGAUUGGUAACUUGAGUAGCUUGUUGACGCUUGAAUUAUCAGGUAACGAUAUGUUUGGAACAUUUCCUUCUUCCAUGGGAAAUUUACAAAGCCUACAGCAAUUGUAUUUCCGUGAAAACAAAAUAGAGGGAAAUCUUCCAAAUGAGUUGUGUCGAUCAACAUCUUUAGGUGAAUUGGGCUUGGAUGGGAAUAAGCUCUCGGGUCCAAUACCUUCUUGCAUUGGAAACCUUACCAAAAUGUUGAUAAUGACUAUCGCUUCCAAUGCAUUUACCUCUAUACCAGACAACAUGUGGAACCUCACUAAUAUUUGGUUCAUGGAUUUCUCGGUGAACUCCUUGAGUGGAUACCUUCCUUCCAAGAUUGAAAAGUUGGUGAGCCUGCAAACAUUAGAUCUAUCUAAUAAUGGAUUAUCGGGGAGCAUUCCAGAACAUUGUAUAAUUUGA